GGUGUGGAAAUCAGCUUGCUUUAUAAUCUUAAUAGUGAUACGAGGAAUUAAGUCGUUUACAAAGAGAGAAUUUGAAAUUAUUCUUUAUGUUGCUUUCGUGAAAUACAAGAGGUCGAUAGUAAGAUUUUUUUUAUCAUUUUAUUUUUUUAACAAAUUCUUUUUAGAUUGUGUAAAAUAUAUAGUUUAAAACAUAUAAAGAUUUUUGCUGUAAAAGCUGAAUUCUGUGUUUUAAGGCAAACUCACACCAUGAUCAUUUACAUACCCACAUGGUAACCAGUUUCUUUAAAAAGGUGCCUGAUUAAUACACAUAUGUACACUCGAUGUAUAUAUGGAGCAUUUCAGAAUCCAGCAGGUAAGCUGGGUCAGGAUGAUGGUCACUACUGGUCUUAAGUUUUAUUGUCCAAUGAGAAACUGCAGUACAGAAAGGAAGUCAUUUAAAUUAGAAACAGUCUGUUUAUUAUAUAGAAUAUUUAUUUAUGAAAUGGAAAAUGUCGAGCCAGAUAAUCACAGUGAAUUUAUUUAACUAUUUAACAAUUUGUGUUGUCUCUAACUGCUCUGAUAACCACAGUGCUGCGCAAAAGCCUUGAGCCACUCCUUUUUCCUUUAUAUUUUGCUUGGAAAAUGGAAAAUAGACACUGCAAUUUGUUGAAACGUGUGCAAACAUGUAUGAAAAUGCAGUAUAUAAGGCAAAAACAGGAGUUUGUACAAUUCUAAUGGGCUUGAAAGUCCAUGUUUGGCAUGUCUUCUUUUAUUUUUCAGCAUAUACUGAACUCUUGUAGAUGAGCUUUCUGGUAAUUUGAUUACAUAGUCUUGAAGUCUUAAUAGUUUUCCAGGCUUCUUGAAACGCUCAAAGCUCUUCUUUCAAUGUUCGCUGCAUUUUGUUCUGUUCUCUGUCAAGAUGAUCCCACACUCAUUAAGUAAUGUUGAGGUCCGGGCUCUGGGGAAACCAAUUCAUGACUGACAGUGAUCCACUGUGUGUCUUUUUCUAUUCAUGCUUGCUUUUACUUUAUUAGCAGUGUGUUUGGGAUCAUUGUGAUGCUGAAAAAUGAAGCUGUCACCAAUCAGAUUCUUUCCAGAAUGUGUUGCACGGUGGAUCAAAGUCUAACAGGACUUUUCUGCAUUCAUAAUUUAAGAUUCUGACACAAUUCCCAGCAUCACAGGCUGUAAAUGCAGCUCCAAACCAUGGCAGAGUUUCCACCAUGUUUUUUUUUAGAUGGCUGUAGACACUCACUGUUCUCCUGAUCUCCUCUUGUGUAAUUUGUCAUACCUCAGCCUUUUCUUGCUCUUUUCCUUCCUUAAGAAUUGCUUCUAGACAGCCACCCUUCCACUGAGACAAUUUCUGAUGAGGCUGAAGGACCAAACCACUAUCACAAAAAUUCUUCUGAAACCCUGUAUCUUUAUCUGUGUUUAAAAUAAUCAGUAUUACUUAACAUGAAUAAAUCUGUUUCCUUCUAUUACAACAAAGAGUAAGUUACUCAGACUAUCUCACAUACAAGUAGCAUUUUUUUUCAUACAGGCUGCCGUAAUAUUUCCACUUAUUUGCUGUAUUUUAACCCCUCCUGCCACAGUUUGCCAUGGAAGACUCCAUUGAAGUAAUCCUGCAAAACUAUAGCGGGGUCUUCCCUACCAACAAACCUCAUCCCAUCUUCUCAGCCUGCACAGGCGCUCUGCUUUCAAGCCUGUACGGAUUAUGGAGCCUCUUCACCCUACCGGGCUUCCGCAAAAUCCCAUGGAGGCUCAAGACAGCGGUGCCCUAUUUGCCCUCCAGUAAAGAUCAGACAGUGAACGUGAUGAAGCUGCUUGAGGGUAGAUCAGGUCGCUUGGCAGAUCUGGGAUCAGGAGAUGGAAGACUGGUAUUUGCGGCCUCUGCUGCUGGUUUCCAGUCCACAGGCUUUGAAAUAAACUCCAUUUUAGUGGCAUAUGCCAGGAGCAAGGCCUGCUGGACAGGAGUCCCCUCCAGUCAGGCAGUCUUUGUUAAAAAAGAUUUCUGGAAGACCGAUUUGUCUUCAUACAAUAAUGUGACAGCGUUCCUUGCUCCGGGAGUAAUGGAGGUGCUCGGAGAGAAGCUGUUGAAAGAGCUUUCAGAUGACGCGCUUGUUAUCGCUUGUCGCUUUCCUUUCCCUAACUGGCCACAGCAGUCAUUCGCUGGCUUCGGACUUGAUCAGACCUUUGCUUACGACAUCAGCACCGUGCGCUCGUACCUUAGAAGCGAAGCAAAAACAGCAGUGCAAUAAAAUUACAGCACUUUCUAGAAUUGUCACUCAAAACAGCACUGUACCCUCCUGGGACUUUGUUCUUUGACAGUAAGUGCAAAAUAAUAUGAUAAGAAUCCCAGACAAAGAGAGCAUAAAUUGGUAGUCUGGCAGUUAUAAACACUGACCAGGAGAGAUCGUUCAAAGAAGUCUUUGAACAUGGAAGGACUCUGACUAGGCAGCAAAAUGUCAGGAUGAUUUCACCUGACGCGUGUACUAUUUUUUUAAAAGUCUUUGCACUUUCAGAGCCAAUAGAGUUUAAGCCAUAAUGCUGAAGCCCUUGUUGUAAAUGUUAUCAUGCUUCACUAUAAACAAUAUGUUUGUGACUGACUGCACCUCUUCUCGAGAGCUCUCACACUGCAAGCCAUUUAUUUCCAGCAUCAGCACUAAUAAAUGUCCUCACUGGGAUGCUGCAGGAGAGAGACUGUGAAUAGUUUUGUUUCAUUUUGGUUUUGUGACACUGACAUUAAAUUCAAAUGCUGUGGUUUCUUGUGUGUGUAGCUUUUCUAAAAUAAAUGUGUGCGGCCACAGCUGGAGGUCAGGUUUAA